AUGGGUAUUCCAGAGUGUGGCAGAAAAUUGACAGAAAAAGCCCUGUCCCCAAAAGUCUGCAACCUGGUGCGGGCGGUGGAUGGCCAGCAGGUCCUUGUCAGAGGACCGCAGGGAGCGUCUUCUGUGUGGACACAGUUUGAGCUACUCCUCUACACGACUCUGCAGGUGUCCAUAACUCCUGAAGCAGUGAUAGAAGAACAGAGAGUGACCCUCACCUGUAAUACAACCUGUAUUCUGACCAACCCCACCUUCAUCUGGUACAAGAAUGGGCAUCUUAACAAUCACACGACCAGAGACAACAAGCUACAUCUAAACCCAGUCAGCAGUGAGGAUACAGGCAAUUACUCCUGUGCUGUUAGAGGACAUGAGAGUCUCUCCUCAACAGUCUUCCUCAAUGUGAGAUACUCACCAAGGAAAACCUCAUUGUCAAUCAGUCAUGGUAAAACAGAAGAGGGCAGUUCAGUGACUCUGACCUGCAGCAGUGAUGCCAACCCACCAGUGCACAACUACACCUGGUAUAUGAAGAGUGGAGCUGAAUCUGUUGUUAGGGGCACAGGGGAGAGCAUCAGCUUCAAUGUGACCUCUGAUACCAGUGGACUCUACCACUGUGAGGCACAGAAUGAACUUGGCUCUCAGAACUCUGCUGAUGCUGCAGUUCCUUCUAAAGGCCCAGAAGCUGUUAUUAUGAUACUGAUGGCUAGUAUCACCAUAUUCAUCAUUCUUGCUCUGAUACUUGGAAUUGUGCGCUUGAGGUGAUUCUGUGAAAUGUUCUUCCU